AUGCUCCGCAAAAGAGAUAUCGCAUACCUAAUAUUUUUCACAACCCACAUCCCAGUAAUCUACCUAAUCGACACCGCCCCACUCCAACCCUCCUGGGCCGUAACCUCCCUCUCAACAACCCUACGCACAUUCUACGUCAACACCUACCGCGACAAAUUCUUCGAACCCCCCACGCCAGCAUGGUUCAGCGCAUUUAUCUGGAUGGAAGUGCUGUACCAUGUGCCGGCUAGUUUGUGGGCUGUGUGGGGGUUGUUGAAGGAACACCCCCUCAUCCCAGUCCACCUCCUCAUCUUCGGCGUUCAGGCCUUUAUUACGUCACUCACUUGUCUCGUUGAAGUCUGGGCGUGGGAGGAUAGGAGCACGGCCGAGAAACAAAAUAUUACCGCGCUUUAUGGGCCUUAUGUGGCAUUGGGCGCGUAUAUGGCCAUUGAUUCGAUUCUUCGGUUACGGGCUCAACUCAUGCCUAAUUCCAAGGCCCAGACCCAGAUUAAGCGGGAAUGA